ACUAAUAACAGUGGUACAUUACUAACACUUCUUUUUUUCUUAUUCUCCUUCUCUUUUCCUCUUCAUUCUCCCCUACUUUCUCGGAAACCAAACAAGCCCAUGGAAAACUACUCUUACGGCUCCUACCCUGACUCCGGCGACUCCUCGCCUCGUUCGCGAGAGAUCGAGUUCGAGAACCCUCCGCCAUGGGAGGACCAGCCUCACCACCUCUCUCAAAACUACAAGGCCAAGUUCAUGUGCAGCUAUGGUGGCAAGAUCCUCCCCCGUCCCCACGACAACCAUCUCUCCUACGUCGGCGGCGAGACCAAGAUCCUCGCCGUCGAUCGCUCCAUCAAUUUCCCCGCCAUGAUCGCCAAGCUCUCCGCCCUCUACUGCGGGGACGACGUCUCGUUCAAGUACCAGCUCCCCGGAGAAGAUCUCGACGCUCUGAUCUCCGUCACCAACGACGACGAUCUCGACCACAUGAUGCACGAGUACGACCGCAUGUACCGGACCACGGCCAAGUCCGCCAGGAUGAGGCUCUUUCUAUUUCCCGCGGCGGUUAAUUUGAGAGGGAGUUACGGGUCGGAUGGUUCACGGCCCGAUCCUGAACAGUUCGUUGAGGCUUUGAAUUCGGCUCCGAUGAUGGGGCCGGACCACGUGAUCAACCCUCCGGUGGUGACGAAUAAAGCCGAAUUUCUUUUCGGUCUCGACAAGGUCGUCGCGCCGCCGCCGCCACCUCCGCAUCCUCCUCCUCCACUGCAGCUUCCCGCGACGUUUCCGGCUGUUCUACCGGUCGUUAGUAAGGCGGUUAACCUGACUGAUGCUGUCGUUGGAGGCUACGCCGGAGAUUACUACGGGCCGAAAGUGGCUCCCGAGAAGCUUCCGGCUUCUUUGGCAACCGUUCCUCCUCCUCUGGUUUCCGUUCCGUUGGGAUACUGGCCGGAUAAGCAGGUCUCAAGCGUCGGAUUUCCGACGCCGGUGGCGUCGCUUUCCUCGGCACUGGAGCCGCCAGUUUACGUGCUCCCGGCCUCUGCCGGUGGAGCUGCCGUCUUUCAUCCACCGGUGGUGCUGCCGGUAACCUGCGCGGCUGCUCCGGUGUAUGGCCCCCAGCCGCAGCGGUCAGCUCCCGAAGUUUACCGUGAACCGCCGUUGUACAACGUCCUGCCGCCGCAGCAAUUGCCGCUCUCCGCCUCACCACUAUCUGUAGCCCCACCGCCUAUCACCACCGUGCCUCCGCUGAAUAUUCCAUCUCUCUCAGCGGCACCUGCUAAUAUUAAUUUUAAUACUCCGCCACUCUCGGCGGCGCCGCCGAAUUUUCCACCUCAAGUGGCGAAAAUUGCAGCCACUGGCGCCAUGUACCCGGAAGGCCUGGGGGUUGUGCGGCAUAUCGGCGGCUUUGGUGCCGCUACCGGGACUGCUUCGUAUGCUCCGAUGGCGUAUGAUAGUGCGAUGAGCAGGCAGGUAUACUAUACUGGACCGGGAGGAGUGGUGGUAGCCGCCACAGUGCCGCCACCGGCACUGAUGUUGCCACAGACAUUCCCGCCUUUGGCUGCGGCCGUGGCGGUAGUCCCCGACAGAAGGCCAAGUGGUGGAAUGGCUUUGGAGGGCAAGGUGGUCAUUGGGAAGGUGUCUCAAACUUCUGUGUGAUUAUAGAUUCAUAAUCAUAUAUGAUCAUGUGAUAGCGUUAUAAUUUUUCUUCCCUUUUCUUCCUGCUUUUGAAUUGAUGAAUUAUUUACAUUAU